UAAACCGGAAUCAUGUCCGAGAUGAAUGGAGGAGGAAAAUGGCAGCAGACGAAUAAGCGCGUGGGUGCGGCUCGAUUCUCUUGAUCACGACAACUCACAACCUAGCUCACAACAGACAGCCCAACCCGAAUCCACGCCUUUCGUCCCACCGGGUACCUCUGCCGAGCCUGCUGCUGCUGUUGCUGCUGCUGCCCCUUCUGCUGACAUGACGACCAACACCGUGCCUUCAUCGAAUGCACAAGGCGAGGGCAAGACCGCCGCUGUUGCCGGGCCCAUCUUCUGGGGCUUGAUGCUCGUAUGGGCACUCGCCAUCAUCAUUCUCGGAGUAACCGGGGCAAGUGUAAGUGGAAUGCCAAGAUCCACGCCGUGGCGUGCAUCCACUGACCGCAUGGCAUAUGUGCGUAUUGUGGUUUGCAUCUAUCGGUUUGUGUUGUCAGGUGGGCCAGGACUGGUUGAUCGGGCCCAUCAAUUUCAUCUCCAUCAACGCUAUAAUCGCGGCGUACCUGUUUCUGCCGGCCUUCCGCAGGCACUUCAACACGCUGGACCUGCAGCUGCUCUCGUCCAUACACAUAUGGAGGUCAGCCCAGCCAAACUUAUACUACACGCACUUACACGUCAGGAAUGCAGGCACGGGACGGGCGCGCCUCUCUCUCUGUCUGUGUGUCUUCAGGAUCAUCCCAGGUGUCCUGUUUUUCUACUACGGCUUCGUCAAGGGCUCCCUGCCGCACUUCUUUACAUGGGCCGCAGGCACCGGCGACAUCCUGGUGUGUACACAUGUGCGUGUGUGUGCGAUGCAUGAAUCUGGCAUUGCUCUGCUGCUGUGCUUUCUUCAGGUCGGUGUGGUGGCGCUGCCGAUCGCCCUGAUGCCCCUGUCAUCGGCCGACCGCCUCACGGCCACCGAGCGCCGCCAGCGGCGUAGCUUCCUGCUGACCUUCACGGUGUUUGCGCUGUGCGACUGGGUGGUGGCUGUGGGCAGCGGCAUCGGCUCCAACAUCCUCACAGUGCCCAAGAUCGAGACCCUCACGACCUUCCCUCUGUUCUUCGUGCCGGCCUUCCAGGCGCCCUUCAAUGGCGCCAUCACCAUCCUCACUCUCAUCCGACUCAUCCGUGGUGUCGAGGAGGUGACCGUCAGCAAGAGAGCGGCCGAGGACAGAGAGAGGGAGGGGGAGACCAGGCCGGCUGCUGUCACGACGGCAUCGGUCGUCGGCAUAGUCUUCUUUACCUUCUGGUCGAUGUGGGCAAUGGCUGCCUGGGUGCUGGCGUCCACCGGCGUGACGGCGAUGCUCCACACGGGAGCGACGCCGGCUGUGGUGGCGAGCUUCUCUAUUGUCCAGACGCUCGUGUAUUUCUGUGGGUGGUUUGGCUUCCGUGAGUUCGUGCACUCGCUCAACCUGCAGGCCGUUGCUGCAUACAAUAUGUGGAGGUGGGAGAGCCGCACGGGCAAAUCGUUGACGAUGCCUCAUCCAUUUGGUAUGUCGGUGUGUGUUGGUCUUCAGGUUGCCAGCGGGGAUAAGUUUCCUGUAUUACGGCCUCGUGUCGUCCAAGUCGACACUGCCAGUCAUGUUUGGGUGGAACGCGGGCAUCGGCGACGUGGUGCACGGCCUCUGGGCAUUCGUCAUGGCCUUCAUACCGCACCCACAGGUAGGUAGAUCAACACACAGCAUAGCCAGACAACCACACACAUGCCGUGGAUUGGAUGUCUGCGCGCCUCCUUUGGUUUCUUCAGGACGUCGGUCUGGUGCUGUCGCCUCCGGGUGCAUCGUCGGCCGCUGGCAAGAAGGAUGGCUACGACACUCUGGCACUGUGGUGCCACCGUGCUCACGUCGCCUUCCACAUUGCGGGUUUAGCCGAGUUCGUGCUGCCGAUGAUGACAGGCAUGCUGAGCUGGCAGCUCGGCAACCCGCUGGCCAACCACCUGAUGCAUUUCCCAAUUGUUUUGAUCCCCUGGGUGGGCGUGGCCUCCACACUGCCGCAGCACGUAUAUGUGUUGCACCGGCUGCUGACCAAGACAUUCGCAGCGGAGGCGUAGACACGUGUGAGGGGGAAACAGGAAGGGCAGGCAAGGGAGGUAGGGGGUCGCUUGUACGUUGUGCAUAUGCGCCAGUGCAGGGCGUGGCGUGGGGCUACGGUAUCGGUGUGCAGAUACCUGUGGAAGCUUUUCGCGUGUGUUAAAAGUGCG